AUGGCGGCGGCAUGGCAGUCCCCAACGCAUGAUGUCAAGGAUGAAAGCUCAGCCCUACAUCCGCCUGAAAUUAAUCCUGAAGAACAUGAGUCCAUUGACGAUGGAUCUCAGGAUGAGGGUAAUCGUGACCGCAAGAGUGAUAGUUUAUGGAGAGUACUGAAUGAGAGACAAAUUAAUAUGAUUGCUUUUACUGGAACCAUCGGCAAUGGGCUCUUUCUUGGUAGUGGCAAAAUUCUUGCUACUGCCGGGCCUGGUGGUGCAGUCCUCGCCUACGCUAUCAUGGGUACCGUUAUUUCGGCGGUGAUUUCCUCUGUCGGUGAAAUGACUGCCUUGAUGCCCGUCAAUGCUCCAAUGAUGGAAUUCCCGCGUCGAUUCUUGGAUCGAGGUGUUGGCUUCGCCGUCGGGUGGAUUUACUGGUUCUCGUACGUAGUCAUGGGCGCCGACCAAAUAGUCACCGUAGCAUCUGCAAUUCGAUUUCAAUACGGCGAUGAUCACACUUUUAUUAGCUGGGAAACAGGCAUGCACACUAAUCCUGCCAUAUGGAUUUCAGUGUUUCUCGUUGCGGUGGUGAUCUUGAAUAUGAUCCCGGUGAAGUACUUUGGAGAAUUCGAAUACCUCGUCGGAUGCAUCAAAAUUGUGUUUAUCACAAUGUUGAUUCUAACAAUGUUCAUUCUCAACGUCAUGCAACCACGGUCAAAUGCAUAUUACAGCAAUUCUGUAGGGACAAAAUACUGGAACCCUCCAUACGGCUUUUUCAACUCGGUCCACAGGGUCAAAGAUGAAUACGGGAACCUCGAUCAAACUAUCACAGGAUCUACGGGGCAAUUCCUCGGUGUGUGGACCGCUUGCACUCGUGCAUUCUUUGCAUAUACUGGCAUGGAUAUGGUCACUAUUACAGCAGCCGAGAGCAAGGCACUCGCAGACUCCGAGGCAAUGAAAAUGGCUUCGCGGAAGAUUUCUCUUCGUAUAAUUACCUUAUACAUCCUAUGUGUACUGACCGCAUCGUUCCUGGUGCCGACAGAUCACCCAUUCAUCAAUGGCGAGGGACAGUCUACUGGAUCCCGCUCAAUAUUUAUUAUUGCCGCUGUCGAAGCUGGUCUACCUGCGCUGGGUCAGUUUUUCAAUGCGAUGUUCCUGUUCUCAGCAGCCACAUGCGCAGCCGACAACCUAUAUGUGGCAUCGCGAGUCCUGCAUACUCUUGCAUUGCGAGACCAGACUGGACCCGAAUUCAUCACGCGGAGGUUGAGGCAAUGUCGUGCUGGCGUGCCGAUGAGAGCUGUGCUAUUAUCUGCGGCCGUGAUGCUUGUUGCAUAUCUGGGACCUACUGGGGCCACUGGCUCUAGACUCAACGAGUUGUCUUCCAACUGUACUGUGUCAUUCCUGAUUGUCUACGCUACGAUCUGUGCGACAUACCUAUGCUUCUACCGAGCACUGGACGAAGCAAAGCAAUAUGGCAACACUAGUCAGACCCAGGCUGCAACUUACGAUCGAAACCAUGUCCGAUACCCUUAUAAAUCCCACGCACAGUGGCUGAAAGCGGGCUAUGGAAUGGUAGCCUGCAUCAUUCUACUUCUAUUUAACGGUGUCGAUACAUUUCUAACUACUCCGUUUGAUGCUCGCACAUUCAUUGCCUCAUAUAUCAGUAUUCCGGUCUUUUUCUUGCUUGUCGUCUGUUACAAGAUCCGCAGACAUGGAUUUAGAUUCUCACAAUGGGGUCCAGAGAGGUCGAAGGAUCUUCGGAAUUGUGUUCAGGUAUCCAGUGAUAAGAGAAAGGGCAGGCUUGAGUUAUCUGAUCCAGUGUUCUCGUUUGAGAAUGUGAAGAGAUUUGGUAUGUGGUUAUGGGUUUGGACAAAAUGA